AUGGCUUCUUCUGUAGCCAAUACGAAGGAGAAAGUCCCAAAAAGGGACGAAAAAACACUUACGUCGAAGAAUGAUAAAGAAAAUUCUUCGCAUCAUCAUCAUUCUCAUGAUAAAAAGAAGCAUCAUAAUAAGCAUCAUGAGAUGCAGAAGACUUCUAAAGCUGAAUCAAAUACUGAAGUGCAUACUAUUGAUGAAAGUGAACGUUCAAGUUUUGACGAAAUGAUUAGGAAGGAGGCAUUGGAACUUGGAGCUUCUGAAGAGGAUCUCAAAUUAGUGCAAGGAAUCGAAGAUGAUAAUGAUGACAAUGGUAGUGUCCAAGAAUUUGGUGAUGAUUCCUCCGAUUCAAAGCUUACUGCAGAUGUUCAGGCAUACUUGAAAAAACUAGAACUAGGAGAGGUUCAAGAUGAUAUUGAUGAUGUGGAUGUGAAAACGAAUACUGUAGGGGAAAAGAAAGCAAAGGAGAAGAAGGCCAAAGAUGUCCCCUCAGCAAAUAUAUCAAAAGAAAAUGUGCAAGUUGCUGAAAAUGUAGACUUAGAGUCUAAAGCUAAGCCAGAAGUAUUUAAGCAAAAGCAAGGGAAAAAAAUUGUUUUCGAGGAUUCGGUUGGAGCCAAGCAGAAAUCAAAGGAGCAACACAGGCUUACGGAGGCCGAAUUGAAAAGUGUGUCUUCCUCUAACUUUGUUAUUGAGCCAAGAAAUGAUUGGUAUAAUAUACCUUUAGAAUUGAACUCUGAGACACCAGAUAGAUCCCUUAAGCAGUAUGAGAUUGAUGAAUUAUAUGACCACGCUAAGACUAUUGUGAAUAAGGAGAAUGAUUUGUAUUAUAGUGAAUUUAACAAAUCAUCUUCACAGCAGCGAUUUUUGUCGCAGGUGCUUUCAAAUGGUACAUUGAGUGACAAGAUAUCUGCUUUGACUCUUCUCGUUCAAGAAGCUCCUAUGCACAACAUUAAAUCUCUUGAUAACUUGCUAGGCAUGUGCAGCAAGAAAAGUAGAAGUGCAGCCAUUCAAUGUGUUGAUGCUGUUGUUGAUCUUUUUGUUAAUGGUAUAAUUCCUUCCAACAGGAAGUUAAAGUAUUUCAAAAAUCAGCCAUUGACGAAAGAUCUAACUGAUAUGCAGCUUGCGAUAUUCUACUUUGAGGAUUAUCUCAAGGGAUGGUAUUUUGAAUUUGUGUCUACCCUAGAGAGAUUAUCUCAUGAUUCUAUUGAAUUCGUUAGAACCAGGAUUGUGUCUCAUAUUUUUAACCUUCUUAUUGCCAAACCAGAGCAGGAAGCUAAUCUUCUGCGAUUGGGUGUAAAUAAAUUGGGUGACAUGGACAAUAAGGUAUCUUCCAAAACCUCAUAUUCUAUCAUGACACUUGAGCAGAAACACCCUGCAAUGACCAGUAUUGUUACAGAUGCGAUUAUCGACGUUAUGUUCCGUCAGAAGAAUGAUCAUCAUGCAAUUUAUUACAGUGUUGUAACCUUAAAUCAGACAGUGUUGACUAGAAAGCAGGAGAGCUUAGCAAAUAAAUUGGUCAAUGCAUAUUUUGCUCUUUUUGAAAAACUUUUGGUUCAGACAGAUGCCGAUAAUGUCGGAAAGCUUAAGGAGAGCGAUCAUAACACUGAAGGAAGACACAAGCGAAGAGCAAAGAAAGGAAAACAUGGAGGUAAAUCUGUUAAGCAAGAGAUUAAGACCGAGCAAGAACUUGCAGAGGAACGUAAUUCAAAGGCAUUUUCUGCAAUUUUGACUGGAUUAAAUCGUGCCUUCCCAUUUUCAAAUCUUCCAGAGGAAGUUUUUGACUCGCAUCUCGAAGUUUUGUAUAAGAUCACGCAUAGUUCAAACUUUAACACAUCCAUUCAAGCGCUCCUUCUUCUCCAGAAGGUUGUUGAAAAAAGUGGAAACUCGACCAAGGUUGACAGAUAUUAUAGAACACUUUACGAGUCACUUCUUGAUGAUAGGUUGUUGACAUCAUCAAAGCAGGCUAUCUAUCUCAACCUACUUUUCAAGUCCUUGAAGUCCGAUUCCGACAAAAAACGGAUUCUAGCAUUUGCCAAGCGUAUUUGCCAGGUUUGUCUCUGCUGGUUGAAUGUGGGUGCGAUAUCUGGUAUGCUCUUUUUACUUCUCAGACUGUACAAGUAUGUUCCAGAAUUGAGGAAUUUGCUUUAUAACACUCCUAGCGAUGAGGCACUUAUGGCCAAGGUGCAGGAUGAGGAAGAUGAAAUUCUUGUGGAUCAAGAGCCAGAUAGGGAGGAUACCAUUAAUUCUAAGAAGAUCGUGGAUUCUUCCAAAUCAAAGGAGCAUUACGAUCCCCGUAAAAGAGAUCCAAGGUUUGCAAAUGCGGAAAAGUCAUCAUUAUGGGAAAUUGAAUACUUUAUAAGGCAUUUUCAUCCUACAGUUGACUUAUAUGCUGACGCCCUUCUUGAUGGAAAGAGAGUUCCAAAACCUGACCUUGGGCUUUAUACACUUGGUCACUUUCUUGAUAGAUUUGUUUACAAAAAGCCAAAGAAAAACCUUCCUACUAGGGGCCAGUCUAUUAUGCAACCUCUAGGAGGACCACAUACUGGAGAUUUAUUGGUGAAAGCAAGUACUAUCUCUGAACUUCGUGAAAUCCCUGCCAAUACUGAAGAGUGGCUUAGCAGGAAAAUUGAUAGUAUCAGACCGGAGGAUAGAUUCUUUUAUGAAUACUUUUCUGCAAAGCAGGAAAGAGAGCAAUCUUCUAAAUUUGAUAAGGAGGUGGCCAAAGAGGCUGACGAAGACUUCCAUGAUAAUGGCGAAGAAUUAGAUGAUGACACAGUGUGGGAAGCCCUUGUUUCCUCGAAGCCCGAUAUUGAAGGUGAUGAUCUUUAUGAUGAUGAAGUCGCUGAUCUGGAUAUGUCAGACUUUGAUGAUGGAUCGGAUGAUGAGGAAGAUGAUAUCAAAGUGGAUAAUGAAGAUGUUCUUGAAGCUGCUGAUCUUGAGGAGGAUAGUGAAAAUGGAAGUAUUGAAGGUAUUGAGGAAGAGGAUAAUAAGUCUGAGAGUGGUGAGGAUGAUGAUGAGCAAAAGGCUGAAAAUGGUGAACACAGCGAAGAUGAUGACGAGGACGACGAUGACAUAAAAGAACUUCUUGAAGCUGAGAAAAAUUCUCAGGCUGAGAAUUCCGACGAUGAAGAGAUCAUCUUGGAGAAGAAGGAUGAUGAAGCCGCGUUAUCUGGCAGUAAAAGAAAAUUGACCGGUAAAGAAGGUAAGAAGAAAAGGGUGAAACUCUCGUCCUUGCCACUUUUUGCUUCAGCCGAUGAGUACGCUCGUCUUAUUGAUGAGGACGACGACAGUAAUGAUGAAGGCGAGUAA